AUGGCAUGGCAAUUGAUUAUCCGAAGAGUCACUUGCACCGCCCCACCAAAACGCCGAAAAAGCUCGCCGCCUCCGCCUUUGCCUCCAUUCCAGCCACCACCUAGCUCGCCAUCAUUUCCGGCAAUCCCUGCGAAAAAGCGAAAGACACCGCCUCCUCCUCCGCCUCCUCCGCCGCCUGCUCCGUCACCACCUCCGCCUCCGGCUCCGGCUCCACCUGGCAUACCUUUCUCGCCUACAACCCCUUUAAGAAAGCGAAAGGCACCGCCUCCGCCUCCGCCUGAAACCCCCGCGUCAUCUCCACCCCCGGCGCUGAAGAAGCGGAAGACACCGCCGCCACCUGCACCUGCUCGGCCGCCACCUCACAUUCCUCCGUCACUGCCCGUUUGGCCCCUUCGCCCGCCGUCCCCACGGCCGCCCCGGUCACCCAGACCGCCACCGCCGUUUCCGCCUUCAGAGCUCUCGGUGACUUCCCCGCCGUUCCCCUGCGCCUGGGUGACUGUGCCCGGAACGGACUUCCGCACCCGGCGCUUCCUGUUUCCACCCCCCCUGGACCCGCAGCUGCUCGCCGCCGCCGACCCCACCGCCGCCGCCGCCGCCCCCCUGAGCUUCGGAUACACCGUCGAGGUAGGUACGGCAAGCUGGCGGCCUGCGGACCCCUGCGAACUGCGCUUGGCCGCAGCCCCCCCCGGACGAAUUACAGCCUCCACAACUACAGCUCCACCCGGUACCCAGCAGUCCUUCUGGUCCGGAAGGCGCCGAUGGCACCUGCAGAGCGGGGACUAUCCGGACGGCGUGUUCGUGACCACCACCGCCAGCGUAACGGGAGCCGGGAAAAGCUACUCUAUUGAGGUUUGUACGGUUCUCACCCUGGAGCCGGCGGCCUGCACCGAUUUGUACGGCGUCAUUUCCGUACUGCGUCCCGCAGAUGCAUGGCCUUCCGAAGCCGACCUGUAUUUGUACGAGUAUGGUGCAGUGAACUCCUCCAUGCGCUGGUCCGCGGAUAGUGUACAGCGCGCCGCCGCGGCGUCCGACUCGCCCGCUGCCGUACUUACUUCGACAUGUGCGCCGCCGCCGGGUAUCGACUUUCGACGGAAAGUUGUAUUUUCUUGGGGUUGGGACUUCGACGGCUUACCUCCCUCCCUGGCGCCGACCGGCUUCGUGGCCGUGUACCGCCGCUACCCGUUCGACCACAUGGCGCCCGGCAGCUACGGCCUCCAGUUCGCGAAACACGACAAUGUACGGCUGGCGGUCAUUGUGAGGUUCACGGAUGCGAACCCCGAUGUCGCUGGGACGCCGGCGGCGGUGCGGGAGGUGGUGGCGGCGGCCGAGAAUGCCAGCUUGUCCAUACCCGGCGGCAGGGUCAGCGACAUCACGUUUGUGUUCAGAGUGCCUCCGCUAAGCCAGCUAAGCCAUGUCGCACAAAUGAGCGCGGCUGUGAAGUUAUCCUGGCGUCUCGCGCCGCCGUCGCCGCCUCCGGCGCCCCCGCCCCCAUCGCCAUCGCCGCCACGCCCGCCGACACCGCCGUCGCCGUCGCCGCCGCCACGGCCGCCGAGGCCGCCGAGGCCUCCGUCGCGCCCACCUGCACCUCCUGAACCGCCGGCGCCCCCGCCAGCGCCGCCACCCAUGCCUCCGGAGCCGCCAUGCCUCGACACAAACGAACAAUUUAGUUUUCAACCCGCAGCGGGGUCGGCUGAUUCUGUGGGUAGUUUGUCCAAUGGAUUGACUGUGCUCAUAGCUGCCUUUCUGGGAUAUGCCUUUCUCUUGAUUGCCGUAUGA